GAGAGGACAGCGGGCAUUCAUAGGUAGAGGGGGCCGACGACGGUUGCCCUUCAUCACUUCCAGCACAUUUUGAAACCGUUGUGGACCCCCGCUGCUCUGUUUUUUAACGCACUGGACUGGGACAUACAUUGAACGUACCGCUGUGAAAAUGGCGCAGCCAGACAGCAAGAAGAUAUUCUUUGAGAACCUGUCGGGAGCGGGCAAAGCCAUCGCGGUGCUGACGAGCGGAGGGGAUGCUCAAGGCAUGAACGCUGCCGUACGUGCCGUGGUUCGAAUGGGCUUGUAUGUGGGCGCAAAAGUUUAUUUCAUUCAUGAGGGAUAUCAGGGUAUGGUGGACGGUGGGGAGAACAUAAGGGAAGCCACAUGGGAAAGUGUCUCCAGCAUGCUACAAGUGGGCGGGACUGUCAUCGGCAGCGCCCGCUGCAAAGAGUUUCGCAGUCACGAGGGACGCCUGAAGGCGGCUCACAACCUGGUGCAGCGCGGCAUCACCAACCUGUGCGUGAUCGGUGGAGAUGGCAGCCUGACUGGAGCCAACCUGUUCAGGGAGGAGUGGAGCGGGCUGCUGGGAGAGCUGGUGGAGCAAGGUGCAAUUGAGGAAGACUCCGUCCAGAAGUACUCGGCCCUUCACAUCGUGGGCAUGGUCGGCUCCAUCGAUAACGACUUCUGUGGAACUGACAUGACAAUCGGCACCGACUCGGCUUUGCACAGAAUCAUCGAGGUGGUGGACGCAAUUAUGACGACUGCACAGAGCCACCAGAGGACGUUUGUAUUGGAGGUCAUGGGCAGACACUGUGGCUACCUGGCCUUGGUGAGCGCCCUGGCUUGCGGGGCAGACUGGGUGUUAAUCCCUGAAAUGCCUCCGGAGGAUGGCUGGGAGGAGAAGAUGUGCCAGAAGCUAUCGGCGACCCGUUCCAGGGGCACAAGGCUGAACAUAAUCAUAGUUGCAGAGGGAGCCAUUGACAGGCACGGGAAGCCUAUAACCUCUAGUUUUGUCAAGGAUCUCGUUGUUAAAUGCUUGGGUUUCGACACACGAGUCACAAUCUUGGGGCACGUGCAGAGAGGAGGGACCCCGUCUGCCUUCGACCGCAUCCUGGCCAGUCGUAUGGGCGUGGAGGCCGUUCUGGCUCUCCUGGAGACCACAGCCAACACUCCGGCCUGUGUGGUCUCUCUGUGCGGGAACCAAUCGGUGCGCCUGCCUCUGAUGGAGUGUGUACAGAUGACUCAAGAAGUUCAGAAGGCCAUGGACCAGAAACGCUUUGAGGAGGCUGUGAAGCUUCGGGGCAGGAGCUUUGAAAACAACCUGAGGACAUACAAACUGUUGGCUCAUCGUAAACCAGAAUCUGAACUGCCAACUAGCAACUUCAACGUGGCUGUAUUGAAUGUCGGCGCCCCUGCAGCGGGCAUGAAUGCCGCCGUCCGUUCGGCUGUCAGGGUGGGCAUCUCUGAGGGGCACAAGAUGUUUGCUGUCAGCGACGGCUUUGAGGGAUUCUACAAAGGACAGAUUAAGGAGAUUAAAUGGGCUGAUGUCGGAGGAUGGACGGGGCAGGGCGGCUCUCUGUUGGGAACCAAAAGAACACUUCCUGCAAAGCAUGUUGACAAAAUCGCCGAGCAGAUGCGAAUGCACAAUAUAAACGCACUGCUGGUUAUUGGUGGAUUCGAGGCCUUUGAGAGUCUGCUGCAGCUGUUUGACGCUCGUGCUACCUAUGAGGAGUUUUGCAUCCCGAUGUGUAUGCUGCCUGCCACCAUAAGUAACAAUGUACCCGGCACCGAUCUAAGUAUCGGGGCAGACACGGCCCUCAAUGCCAUCGUGGAGACCUGCGAUCGCAUCAAGCAGUCGGCCAGCGGCACCAAGAGACGCGUCUUCAUCAUCGAGACUAUGGGAGGCUACUGUGGCUACCUGGCCAGCGUGGGGGGUCUGGCCGCCGGAGCCGACGCCGCGUACAUCUACGAGGAGUCGUUCGACAUCAGAGAUCUGCAGGCCAAUGUUGAACAUCUGACAGAGAAGAUGAAGACCAGCAUUCAAAGAGGACUGGUCCUCAGGAACGAGAACUGCAAUGACAACUACACAACAGACUUCAUCUACCAGCUGUACUCUGAAGAAGGGAGGGGAGUGUUUGACUGCAGGAAGAAUGUGCUGGGACACAUGCAGCAGGGAGGAGCGCCGUCUCCGUUCGACCGCAACUUCGGGACCAAGAUCUCCGCCAAGGCGAUGCAGUGGAUCACCAAAAAGCUGUCGGAGACGUUCAGACAAGACGAAGGCCGAGUGUUUGCGAACAGCGAGGACACCUGCUGUCUGCUGGGGAUGCGCCGCAGGGCUCUGGUCUUCCAGCCUGUUGUGCAGCUCAAGGGGGAGACUGACUUUGUUCACAGGAUCCCCCAGGAGCAGUGGUGGCUGAAGCUGCGUCCUCUCAUGAAGAUCUUGGCCAAGUACAAGACGAGCUACGACGUCUCCGACUCCGGGCAGCUGGAGCACGUCCUACGCACCCGGCCCAAAGAGUCGGACGCUUCGGUGGCCAUGUGAAGGCCGGCGCGGCGGCCCGCCGAGCCCAGUCUGUGUGGACGACCCAACGCGUGUGAGGCGCCGCUCCAUGUGUCGUUAAAGAGCCCCAGUAACAACGUGAACCGCCGCCUCUGGUCGGCCACCUGCUGUGUUCAUUUCCUCGUCUUUGUCGUUUCCUUUAGUGUUGCUCCUCUGUUUUGUCGCGACAUCACGACUCAUGAACUGUAAGCUAGCCUCCGCGGUACUACUACUCUCACAUGCACACACAUGCUCUUGCACACACACACACAUGCACGCACGCACACACACACACACACACAGCUGUCCUGCCAUGCAUCUGUGUGUCCUUGUCGCCCUGGAUGUUUAGUGUCACUGUUUUUAAAAUGCACUUUCUCUGUCUCCAGUCGCUUAGACAGGCUCUGAUUGCAGAGCGGCACGAGGACAGAAUAGACACUGACGUAAAAACCCAGUGUGUGUGUGUACAUCCGCCUAGGACGAGUGUGAGGUUCAGCAUAUUUAUGUGAGACUGAUUCAGUACAGUUCUGCUGCUGCUGUGCUUUACACUGAAACUAAUAUUUAUCUUUUUAACAUUGUUUAUUUUGCUUGUAAACAUGGAUAUAUAUUAUUAAUUGUAGGCACUGCUGUACCGAGUAGCUGUCUGUCAUGUUGCACCAACGAGUUAGACGUGUACGAGACUAAUGUUUCCCACAGAAUAAAGCCAGACUUGAGAAGUGUA